AUGUUAAAAAAACUAAAACCUGUUUUAAUAUCUAUUUCUACUUUAGGUUUAAGUUAUUUUAUUGCUUAACGAGAAUUCAAUAUAGAUUUAGGAAUAUUUGAUACAUUUUAUAGUCAAUUUUACAAAUAUUCUCCUCAUUAUGCAAUUUAAUUUAUGAAGAUUAUGUGUUAUUAAAACUUAUUAUGGAAAUAAGAUUUCUAAUCUAAUGAAUAAACACUUAACAAAUAGAUUAAAUUAAAAAAUAAACUUGGAUUGGCAAGUGGAUUUGAUAGUGAUGGUUCAUUUAUUGAAGCUUUAUAAAAUUUAGGAUUUGGUUAUAUUGAAUUAGGUUCAAUAACAGCAUAAAAAAAUAUUAGAUUUAAUGAUGAUACAAACACUUAUUAAAUAAAAGUAAACUUAAUUUAAUAUCUUAGAAUAAUAGUAUAGAAUAUUAAAGUGAAAUUCCAUAGAUGGGAAUUUUGUAAAGUAAAGCAAUCUUAACAUCACUAAGAAGAAAUUAUGCAAUUAAAAUACCUAUAGGUGUUAAUAUAAUGCCAUCUGAAGAAAUAUAUAAAUACACACCAUAUUUGAUUGAAAAUGAUAUUUCUAAUGUAACUAGGUAAAAUUUGAUUAAAUAAUUAGAGAAUUAUGUUCAUUAGCUGAUUUUAUUGUUCUUAAUCUUGUAAGUAGUUAAAGAACUAAUAAAUUAUAUAGUGAUAUUGUAUCUAACAAUACAGAAGUUAUUAAAAAAAUGAUUCAAUCUAUUUAAAUUACUUAAAUUGAAGAAAUUGGACUAUAAGCUGCUUUAGAAUAUGAAAUUAAAAAUUAAUUGAAAGGAGAUAAUUUAGUUAGUGAAUAUCUAAGUACUACUUAAUUUGGAUUAAAAUAGUAAUUAAUUUAAUUAAUUAUUUUAGAAAUUUAGUUGCUCCAUUAUAUAUUAAAGUAUCCUCGAAUCUUUAAAAAAGUGUUCUUGAUUUUUUAUUAAUAGAAGCCAAAAAUAAUUCAAUUUAAGGUAUUAUAUUUUAAAAAGACAUCGAUUAAAAUGACUAAGAAUACUAUAAUAAACUUAAAACAAUAAGAAACUAAAUACCAGAAACUUGCUCUUUGAUUUGUGUUGGAGGCAUCAACACUAAAUAAUAAUUUUAGGAAAGAUUACUAAAUGGAGCAGAUGCUUGUUAAAUAUAUUCAUCUUUUCUUGCUAAAGUAUAAAAAAAAUAUAAUAUAUAUUUUAGGGACCAUCAGCUAUUAAAGAUAUAUUGUUAUGAUAAUUAUAAAAAUAAUCCAC